AUGCAAUGGAUAGAACCAAAUGGAAGACAAGAAGCAGAAAAGCGGACCCUGCAACAACGUGGGACAAACGCUAGGAAGAAGAAGAAGAAGAAGGUUGGGCGGCGACCAGUGGUGAAAGCUAAGCUCGCUGUGGCAGGACUGCUUAGUUUGGGGAAAAGUCUUUUUGCCACUCGAGCAUAUUCACUGCCUCAGUACCCUGCACACUGGGCCCUGCCGUCUCAGACGUCGGACGGUACAACGACCGGUGACAGGCAAUCAAAUCUCAUGUUGUUCAGGACGUCUUCGAUUGUGGGAAAAGGCGAUACUCGCACGACUCGUCGUGAAGACUGUCUCAGACUGUGUACUUACAACGCGAGAACAGUUUCCACAGACGCUGACCUGCAUGCCCUUCUCGGAGCUGCAGAGCGUAUCAAAUUUCACUCUGCGGGAGACCAAGUGCAGAAGGAGCGACGUAUGAAUGACGGUAAACUCGUCAUUCGUGGAGAGAAGGUUCCGCCGCGAAAUGUAGGCGGUGUUUGUUUUGUUGUGCACCCAUCUGUCGUCCAUCUCGUCGAUUCUCACGAGAUCCUGUCACCUCGUCUGGCCAUUCUUCGCCUCCGCCCUCUGCGCCAAAAAUCCAUCAGUAUCAUCAACUGCUACUCACCAACAUUAGCAACUGAUGAAUCCGAAUUGGACGCGUGUUACGAGGAGCUGGAGGAAGUAGUCCGCAACGAGAAGUCCUACAAAUUCGUUGUUGGAGACUUCAACGCAAAACUAGGAAAAGCUGCAGAAGAGGAAUACACGAUAGGAAGAUUUGGACUAGGGGACCAGAAUGAAAAUGGCAAUCGUCUUGCCGGGUUAUUGUCCGCCGCUCACCUCUUUCAUGGGAAUUCUCUUUUCAUGAAGAAAGAUCAUCGUCAGUGGACAUGGGAAUCGCCCAAUGGCGCGACUCGGGAGGAGAGCGACCACAUACUCAGCAACCGGUGCUGGUGUCUACUUGACGUCUCCGUAGUACCAUCCUUUUGUAGUGGUUCUGAUCACCGUCUCCUUCGUGCGAAAAUACGACUUAGCCACACGAUGGAAAAGAACAUCUGCUACAAAAGACAAAAGAGAAAUGAAGUCGUCUACGACGACUACAUACUCGGGGACUUGUGGCGGGGCGAAGAUGAAUGUCCCGCCUUUGCCACCCAGCGGAAUAUAUAUCGAAAGCAAAGCAUAGAUGCGCCGGUCACAUUAUGCGAAGAAUCGACGAUAGAUGGACCAAAAGAACACUAG